CCGCUAAAUGUAUUGGUUAUAUUUGCGGUGGAAAGGGUCCCUGUGCCUUCUUCCCCCAACCCGAUGCGCUCCCUCUGUUCUCUGUGAGUUUUCUGCCGUGCCGUCGCCUAUCUCGCCUAGCCGGCUGCCCUACCUUCGCACCACCGCAGCCAACCUAUUCUGCCACCCCUCCGCUCGGUCUCCAUUUUAAUACCGUUCGAGGUUUGGCAGUGAUGUCUAGUUUUGGGAAUUCUUUCUGCAUCACAUGAUGGUCUCCUUAUGUUACCACUCCAGUUUCAAUUCCCAAAAGAAUUGUCUGAGCUUCAUCCACAAAUUCCAGGAGUUGCGAAGUUAAGAAGCAGAAUUUGGGUCUAGCAGUUUUUUGCUUGCAACAAUUACGUUAAGCUAGACUUAAUUGAGAGUUUGAUAUGAAUGCUAAUUCUGGGGGACCCUCCUCAAAAUCGAAGGCCGGGUCGUUACAACCCUCAGAAACUUCAUUUAAGCGUAAACGUGGAGUCUUCCAGAAAGAAUUGCAGCAUAUGAUGUAUGGUUUUGGUGAUGACCCCAAUCCGCUUCCAGAAAGUGUGGCACUAGUGGAGGACAUCAUUGUGGAGUAUGUCACCGAUUUGGUGCAUAAAGCCCAAGAUACUGGAUCAAAGAGAGGAAAGCUAUCGGUUGAAGAUUUCCUGUAUUUGAUACGCAAGGACAUGCCAAAACUUAACCGCUGUACGGAGUUGCUUUCUAUGAAUGAGGAGCUGAAACAAGCCAGGAAGGUUUUUGAGUCAGACGAGGAGAAGCUGAGGAAGGUAUUCGAGGCAGAUGAAGAAAGCUAGCGUCGAAUGUGUAACAAUUUAACCAUCAUCUGUGUUUACUUUCUCUAGACGUGGGAGUUUCACUUCUCUGGACGGUAGUUUUUUGGCUUACAAUAUUAUGAAUCCUCUUUCCGGAGCUCAACAUUUGGUGAAAGUAAAAAAUAAAACCUUGUCCCCUUUUUUCUUCAAAAA